AUGGACGGAGUCGUGCAAGUGACUGCCGCGCGAGCGCCGCUCUCUUUGGCAGAAGGCGAGUCAGAAGUGACCAAGGCUCCCUCUUUGAGUGCAUGGUCGGAUCAUGGAGAUGAACUUGGGAGACAGAGUCAACAGGAGGAUGCAUCCAGUCAGAAUUCUGUCAGUGAGGAUGCUUCCUCGAUCGCUUCCAGCAGACAAAGCCAUGACUUCCUUGCAUGUGCGCGGCCGGAACUCCGAGUCGGAGAGGGCGUCUCCAUACUCCACACGGCUGUAGAAAGCUUCGCAUUCUAUCUGUACUUGGCGUUUGUGCCAGGAUGGAUCGCCUGUUGCCUCGCCAAGGUGCCGCCGUUUGCGUUCUGGACACCCUCAAUUGUUGGAGCUGGUGCUUUUUGGAUUUCCUUGAAUAUUUGGGGACCUCUCUUUUCUCGUGGAGCUGUGACAGAUCCGUAUUCUGCGCUCAUCGGUUCAUGGGCAGAGAUGAGUCUGGCCAAGCACAGAGCCCAGAUUUCGUGCCAGGAAAAAGAGGUGUCUCGUCGAGGAGAAGCGGCAUCAUCUGAGAUGCUCCACCCCCGUGGGCUCAGCACUGGUGACUUGAUCAAGAUCUUCAUUGCAACUGUUGGCGCUGCGUCCCUAGUGGGGGUUGUCGUGCAAGCGUUUUUCCCCGGUCACCUGCCCUAUGGGCCACCACUAACGAUGCAGAUUUACACCGAUAUGCAGUCUCCAGGCACUAAGGAAAAAAUGGCGUCUACAAAUAGUCGCCAUACGGAGUUUUGUUCCUCAGUGUUCAUGUCGCUUUUAACGCCAUUGCCCAUACAUCUCCAAGAGGAGGCAGCAAGGAUAGUAAGCGCCUCUCUCUUAUCGAUGGCUGACUUGAUCGUGGUGUCCAGCAAGGUCCUGGGUGGAUAUGCCUGGAUUGCGAGCACUUGGCUCUUACCGCCGGAACAGCAGGAGCGGCUUUUACAAUUCGAAAUGCUUGGAUGGACGCUUGCGGGGCGCACUGCAACCGGAGGUUUCGUUGACGUCGUGCAUCGCCUUCGCGUCUCUCCUUCAGAAAACAGCUUCGAAAUGCUUCUGUGGUUCAGCAGGGUCGUCGACGUGUUCCUGGGGGAAUGCCUCUUCAGCUGCCUGAAUUACAUGGCUCAAGCUGCAGACCUCUCAGUGGGAAAGAUCACACGGCGGAGCCACGUCAGGGUUACGGGCCUUGGCACCAUAAGCUUGAAUGUCGGGACCAUGGUAUAUUUAGUUGGCAGCCCCUUCUGCCGAGUUACAGGUACAUUUUAUUCCUUGGGAUCUUUUUGGCAACUUUCCUCCUCACGGGGGUUACAGCAGUUCUCCGCAGUUGACCGACGGUCGGAGAACGGAACUACAGGCAUUCCGCUCGUGCGUGGUGCACCUUUUUGUCUUGUUACGCAGGUGGUCCUCUGCUUAAUCCAUGCUUCGCUGCAAUGGUUAUGCUCUGUCGGGGCGACUUCUUCGCUUUCUGGCUUCUCGCCAUUGCUGGCUUUACGGCCGCCUUUCUCGCCAGCUCGGUGGUGA